UUUGUUUAUGAUUUAAUCGACACCGUUCGUGUCGCGCCGCUGAACAUUUAAUUUCACGUGCAACUUUCGUUGCUUGAGACAUGUAUGGUACCUGCACGUCGAAAGUACAUCUCGAAUUCGUACUAGAAGUUGGCUGGCACCACCCGACUUAACAAUUUGACCCUUGACCUCAACUUAGAUGAAUUAUUCAAGAUGGCGGCCUCCACAAAAGUUACGAAAGCAGACGAAAACGCAGUUGUGGACCCAAACUUCCAUCGCUAUCCAAGCUCUUCAUCGGUUUCAAACAUCGGGCAAAGGCCGCUUGAUCUUGCCGACUGGGAACCAGUAACAUCGCUUGGAUUUAAGGAGAAAUUCAAGAAGAAAGCUGCGGAAAAUCCAUUUGUACCUAUCGGUAUAUUCGCCACAACGUGUGCACUGACAAUUGGACUGUUCAGCUUCCGACGAGGCCAGGUGCACAGGUCCCAGAUGAUGAUGCGUGCCCGAGUUGCGGCCCAGGCAUUCACCAUCGGAGCCGUCCUGGUUGGAGUGUUCCUACAAACAAAGAAGACCGACAAAUCCAAGAAACCAUGAGUGUGGGGACCAGCGGCAUUUAUCAUCGUAUCAUGGCUCAGAGUCAGAUUGGGAGCCAGUGAAACUUUGAGAAGCUGCUAUCAUUUGUGUUUUACAUAUGCAUCUAUUUUCACAGAUUAGACAAAACUACUCCCAAUAAUAUGGAUUUAUAUGCAGUGACCACAACCAAAACUGGAAAGUUUUCCAGAUUUUUCUGGAAAUUUUGCAGGGAAAAACAACAGCAGCUAUUUUGGAAAGUGAACAAGAAUAAGACAUAAAAGCUAACCACCUAUUAAUGUGCCCAAAGCAAACACCUAGUUUUAUAGGUGUAAAAAAAAAUUGUUGCAUUCGCCCUUCAAAAUAAUGUGUUGGUUUAAACUUGGCUGGUGUGAUGUGGAUGGCUCGUGAUGAUUUUCCACUGUGGUGCAACCAUAUACAUGUGUGGGCACACUUUCUGAACAUAUUUAGGGCCUCACUUACACAACUGACCUAUGUGCGCCGAGUGCAAUUUGGAAAAUAAUGACAAAUAUAGAUUGUUGAUAAAGAUGGUUGUUUUGAUGAGAGUAGAUAACUUAAGUGAGUAGAUUUAAAAGGGGUACCUUGUCUGUCAUGCAUCCAACCUAUUUAGUUUUGUAAAGUGAUUUAAUUUGAGGUGUUUUGUCUUUGAUAACACAAUCCACAUUGUACAAAUGACAUUAUUUAAGUUAUCCAAUUGUUUUGGGUAAAUAACAAAAUAACCUUUUGAUUCAGUAAUGUUUUGUUAAUGAAUCACACAUGGGAAAAAUAUGCUGUUGUAAAUCAGGACGAAUUCUUUUUCCAGGAGAUUUU